UUUUUAAUUUUUGUUCAGGUGCACGUGUGAUGGACUGGUGACGUGAUGGCGGCGUCGCGGGUCGAGAUUUUGUGUUCGCCGUGUUCGAAUGACGAUGCUUUCCUGACGUGGGGUUCCGACUUGUGCUUGUAUCGAGUUGAAGAAGCGUCGGCAUUGCCGGGCUUUCAUGAUGACCUCGACGUCGAUCUUCAAGCUGGAUUCUUCCGCCUGUCCUCGAGAUUCUGCGCUUAUGCUGUCGGAAGAACGAGGGAGUUCAAGUUUAUCAAGAGUGUCGCCUGGUGUCCAAGGAUGCACGGGAACCAUCUGCAUCCACAGCCUCCUAUUGUUGCGGUUGGACUGGCCAGUGGUCAAGUAGUUCUUACCUCCUUCUCGCAGAACCAGGACUUGGAUAUUGCUUUAGGCGUCACUACAAGUGCAACAGAACUCGCUCCCAAACAUCAGCGACAAUGCAACGGAGUCGCAUUCAGUCAUGUGGACCCUAUGUUGUUGGCAGCCGGCUUUGACAAGCAUCGCAGUGAUCACGCGAUUGUUAUCUGGGACGCGUCAGCUGCCAUAGCUGGUGCUGCGAGCUCACCGUCGCCGUCGGUUUACUUGAAUUCCGCCACAGCUCCGGUCGGUGGUCGUAUCGUCGGCGAGCUUGGGAUGUCGGAGCAAUGCAACUCAUUGGCAUGGUUCCACUUCCAGCCGAAAACGCUCAUUGCUGGAAUGAGCGGGAAACACCUGAAAAUGUUUGACUUGAGAGACAGCCAGCGGCAAGUGCAAAGUAGUCCUCCUACGAAGGCUGUGCUAGGAGUUUGCGUGGACCCAUUCGUAAACUUCAGGUUUGCGUCUUACACGACGGAUAACGUAGUUGUGCUGUGGGAUCGAAGGAACCUGGAACGUCCCUUGAUGUCGAUCGGGGAAAAAACCCCUUCGUCGCCCGCUGUGCUCGGGCCUGCUGGUCCUGUCACCAAGUUGGCAUGGUGUCCAACGAGGAGCGGUUUACUAGCGACGAGCAGCAAAGAUUCGCCGUUUCUGAGAACGUAUGAUUUGCAUUCCUGGAGUGGACAAGAAAGUGGUCUCAACGUUCUAGAACGAACCAUUUGGCCGACUCGGUCCAAUGCGGUCUCUUUUUCUUGGAGUUCUGGACCAUCUGCUGGGCAUUUUCUCGUUCUCACUUCCGAAGGCGCAAUCGUUGAUCACGAGUUUGCCGAGCGUUUGACGGUAACUUGGUCUCCGGAUGGCGAAGUGGCCUGGACUAGUGAAAAGCGGCAAGUCCACGUCCUCAGCCGCAAGACAUGCGACGACCAUAAAAGCCCUCAGCAAGUUGCAGACGUUUUAUGCGCAAUCGUUGAUCACGAGUUUGCCGAGCGUUUGACGGUAACUUGGUCUCCGGAUGGCGAAGUGGCCUGGACUAGUGAAAAGCGGCAAGUCCACGUCCUCAGCCGCAAGACAUGCGACGACCAUAAAAGCCCUCAGCAAGUUGCAGACGUUUUAUGUGAUGUUUUGGCGGACGAUAUAAGCUAUACCAUGAAGAAGCGUGCUUCCAUGAAGUACGGUUUGCUGAGCGGAAAUCUGGCGGAAAAUGGGAAUUUGGUGGAAGACGGUGAACUGAAGAGCGCUUGGGAAUGGAUGGAAUCGAGUCAGCGAUUGCAAGGCGAUCUGGGACAACUGUUUGCUGCACCGAGUGCCGCAUCCUCUUGGGCACCUUCGGAAGGAUCUCAACCCGGCUGGGGAAAUCGUUGGCAGGGUGUCAAGGCGCCGCCACCGCACAGAUUCCAGGUGACUCCGGUCCGACUUCUUUGUAAGCACCCUGGUAUCAGAUGGAUUCUCUGCGGAGACGCGGGAAAGGCAAUUUCGAAGAAAUCGGAAGCUGUAGACGUUCCCUGGACAGGCCUGGAACUCGGGCCUCGCACAGUCCUGGCCCGAGUGUACCUUUCCGAGGCUCGGACAUUUUGUCUUCGUCUCUGCGGCUGGGGGUUUGACCGAGGUGGAACAUCUCUCACGCUGUUUCUCGAUGACCUGGCUCGUCGAGGAGAGUUUGAAAGAGCCGCUGCGAUCGCCGUGUUUCAUUUGCACGUGCGACAAGCCAUGCAGAUUCUGCAGAAAGGUGGCAAGAGGGACGGUGCCUCGAGGCCCUUGCAUUUGGUGGCCAUGGCUCUGGCGGCCAAGUGCCUACUAGCCUUAAGGAACACCGCCCUCUGCACAUACUUGAACUUCCGGGUCGACUUCCUCGGCAUAAACAGCCGGUACAAGUGGAAGGAGUGCAGACUAGGGCUCUUAAAGGUAGAGCAUCUGGUAUGA